CAUGUUUAUUGCUGGCGCCCAGUGGCGGUACCGCGGCUCAGGGUCGUCGAGAGGUUUGAUUAGCCGCGGAUUGCCGGUUCUAAACCUGCUUUUGACCUACGUUGAGUGCCAAUUAAAUUUGUUUCUGUUGAAGAGGAAUUCGUAACCAGAGUAUUCUGAUGCGAGGUUCCUUUGGUUGUGUGCCCCUUUUUUAAAAUGAAAGGUCAGCAUUUGACUGAAGAAGUAUGGUCCUCCCUUAGUUGGCACUAUAGAACUACAAGGGUGAGAUGACACGGUUUUGCAAGUUCAGAGAAUACUUAAUUGGCACUGGGGAACAUCUUCUCAUUGCGUUUUACUAAUACUUUUCCCUCCCUCUCCUCCCCGGGUUGCGUUUAAGUUUUUGACUGUGCACAGAAAACAGGGCAACAUCAACCUUGAUUUGUGAUUUAAAAAGUUUGUGUGUCACCCCAAUCUAUUAAUAUACCCUUGUCUGUUGGACUCUGCAAGCUGUGUGUAAAACACUGCAUUUUAACAAAAAUUGCUUGCACAAGACUAAACCAAUAAUGGUAUAGCACUCAAGUAAAACGCAAUGGGCAAUUGAUGAACUUAAAUGCCAGUGUACUGUAGAGGAGCAUUAUGCCUCUUAUGCCUGUCAUUUCCAAAAUGGGCUUUUUACCUAUUUUGAUCACAACAGUAUACCUUUGCUCCCUGUACUCAUGCCCAGCCCUCAAUUUGGGAAUCGACCUGGGAGAAGCUCUGUAACGGAGCUAUUCUUAUGGGAACCCUAAUACAAGCGUGGUUUAUUUUCAGAAUGUCAAGUAAUUAACCAGGUGCGGCAUCUUUUGUAAAUAUAUUUUGUAUUCAGAUGGAGACCCAGGACUCCGACUUCUCCAUUUGCAGUCAUCCCCAAAAGUUAAAGUAAUGCAUUGUGUGAAGCACUAUGAGACAUUUCAGUGGAAUGAGUUGCUAUAUAAAUAUAGCUCCUUUGGUUGAUUUGUGCCAAUCUUCCAGACCUGUUAUCUCUGUGCCCCAAUGUGUAGAUGAUAUGACUGAUCAGCUUUUCAGUAUUCAAGUCACUCUUUAAACACAACAUUUCCUGAGGUGAAAAAUGUGUCGUUACAAUUGAAAGUCCUGUUUUUGUUUCUUCUCGUCAAUGGGUGCAACUGCUCUCAGCAGAAUUUGUAACCCACUCAUUUGACACAACAUAACCAAAUCCCUAUCUUUGGACCCAGCCCAGUUUGGAGUCCAGCCUGCAGUCAUGGUCCAGGUGCUCCUUCUGAAUUCAGUGUUAGUAACUCCUAAUUUUAGAUUUGGUUUUGCUGUGUUUGAAAACUAACUGGUUGUAGCUAACUCUGGGUAUUAGCGAUGGAAGUAAGUAUUAAAGCUUCUUAAUGUUAAAGCUGCAGUAUCUCCUUUUGCAUAUCAUUUAUUCCCCUACCCACUGACCUGUUGAUGUUGAUCAUGAACUACGGUCAUUGGGAAGAAUUCUGUUAUCAAGUGGGAGAAUUGUGCUUCAAGCACCCAAUGUUCUACUCUUUCUUCUGCCAAAAAGGAACGCAAUUCCAUUCCUGCAGAAGCGGUAGUGUGCCCAGAGACCUGUACUGUCUUCACUCAAUGAGAAAGCUGCAAUGACUUUUCACCAGUCAGGUUUCCACUGCAUGCUGAUGGUCUCCUUGGGUAUUCCCAAUAGGAUAGAGGAGUUUACUCUCGAUAAACUCCUGCAAGCUCAAAUUCCCUACAAGAUGACCUGCCUUUGGGCACUGAAUCCUGGCAGUAUAUUUGCAGUGCCCAUCUUGAUUGAUCCCAGCGUGCUUACUAACUGGCACUGCUUGGGAUUGCCAACCUUUGAUCACAUUCAGAAGAGUUGCCCAGGCAGCAGUGGCAUGUACCCCUGUUACAGGGUGUGUUAAGAAAAGUCUGUUUGCAAAUGGGGAUACUGCAGUGAAAAUCCAGAAUGUUUCUGUUGAUAGAGGGUCAUGUAUCAAAGCAUGCCGGGGACGCUGCUUACGAAUUUGGGGAGGUUGUUUGUGCUUUUCUUCAAUAGGUGCAGAUGUCCUGGAGAAGCAGAGUUGGAUCCGUGUGUUUUUUUUAUUAAUUAAGUUAGCCAUUUCUCGCCACACAAAAAAACCCCGUAAUCCAAGGCCAAUCAAGGCUGCGGAAUCUCUUGGAAGAUUGUAGAAAGAAUGGGGUAUUUCCCAUCGGCUGUAAGUGUAGCAGCAGCCCGGCUACAUGAUUGUGAACUUUAUCGGAGGAGUUGAUUUUUAAUCCCUGGCUUCCUGCAGUUCAACAGAGCAGAAGAUGGACUCAUUCUAGCACCUUCAAGUAGAGUAUUUAUAAGGCACUUUGUGCAUGCAGAUCGCAAAAUAUUUCUACCCAGUGUGUGACGAUGGAGGUGAUACGUAGCCAUUCAUAAUUGACGGAUUCAGUGUUGGUUGGCCUGCAGGGACACGUGCCUGGAUACCUGAGGAAGUGCACUCAAAUUGCUGACCAUUCAAAGAUAAAGGGUGAAAAAGGUUCCAGAAGAUUAGUAUAUUGUCAUCUCGCCUAGGCAGACUAUCUUACACUGCGACUCAAUAGAUAAGAGUGUGGACAAAGUAACAGUGAAAGUCUUUGCUUGAUUUGGGAGGAGCUGUUAUACUCCAGCCAUGACUCAACAAGGAGACGAUUGUUACUUUUAUUUUUAUUCUACGUGUGCCAAGGGGGACAACUGUCUUUUUCGUCACUGUGAAGCAGCCCUCGGCAGUGAGACCAUCUGUACCUUGUGGCAGGAAGGGCGAUGCUUUCGGCAGGUCUGCAAGUUUCGUCACAUGGAGAUUGAUAAGAGGCGGAGCGAGAUCCCCUGCUACUGGGAGAAGCAACCCACUGGGUGUACAAAGUUGAACUGUGCUUUCCGCCACAGCAUGCCUCGUUUCAUCGAAGGAGUCUUCUUCCCUGCUACAAAAGGUGCCCAAACUAAACAGGAGGUGGCUGAGGCAGCUGAGGAGCCCAUGUUACCACAGUUACCUGUCAACCAGUUACAACAGACCAAGAUCCCUAUUCAAUCUAAUCCAUCCCCUCAAGUUCGGGGGGUAAUGAAACUAGAGGCAUCAGAGAAUGUUCCAAGCCCCACUCACCCUCCUGUGGUUAUCAAUGCUGCGGAUGAUGACGAAGAUGAUGAUGAUCAGUUUUCUGAGGAAGGAGAGGAAAAUAAAAACACUCAGCCACCAACUGCAGAGGAACAGAAUGGCAUCCGCAUUAUUUCAGCCAAGAGACAGACCUUCCCUAUUAAGAAAGAUGACAGUUUGGAUUUUGGUAUAAAAACCCUGGAGCAGAUUAAACAGAAGAAAUUCAUGAAGGAGAAAGUGAAGGAAGUGGAUGAGCCAUCAGUCGAUCUGGUGCCACAGGCACAAAAGGUGGAGCAGAAUCGUGAAAACCUGGUCAUUGAAAAGGAAAAUGUGAGGACGGUUUUCCGAACGGUGACCUUAUCUCCAAAGAAAUUAACCUUAAAUGAAGCUGAGCCACCUUUUAAACGCAGUCUUGCCGAAAGACUUGGCAAAAAGAAAGUGUUACCAAAGGAUAACCCUGAGGAAUUGCCAGUCAAAGCUGAGAUUGAAGCGACUUUAAAACGCAACCUCUCUGAGAGACUUGGCAAAAGGAAGAUACUGGCUGAGGAUGGUCCUGAAGAGCUGGCACAGAAAGUUCAAGCUCCCAGGUCCAUAAGGGAGAGGCUUGGUUUGCCUGCAGAAGUUCCCACAACAGAAAAUGAAAAGCCAGUGAGUAAAGCAGAAGGCUCUGGAGAAAUAAGAGUGAAAACUCUGGAGGAGAUUCGCAGGGAAAAGGCUGCCAAGCGGGACCUCGGUGACGGCAAUGGAGACUUCAAAGUUGGUGUUACUGGCCUUAACAAAUCUAUCCAGGCCUCCACUUUGCUGGAGGAAGCGUCUAAAAUCAUUAGGACGGUUCGGGCAAAAACAGCCUCUGAAUCUCUACUGAAGAAGCAGGGGCAAUUCCCGGAAGAAACCGGAAAGGAUAACGUAUCCAGAAAGCAUCCAGAAGCUGAUCCAAGAAAGGAAAAAAAUCCUGGAAUGGGAAAAGGCAAAGCAAAAGGUCGGAAGGCAUCCCCUGAUGAAGCUCUAAACAAGCCAAAGCCACUGGAACAAAUAAGAGUUAAAACUCUUGAAGAGAUUCGACGCGAGAAGGCACUGCGGAGGCAAGAGAACCAGGAGAGUCUCUCAACACCUCAAGAGAGCGAGAAGCCAAAGAAUGAGACUCUGCCUACCCGGAAGAGACUACUAAGAAUAACUAAACCUAUAGAAGCUGUCAAGCCGGAAAAGGCAGAUGUUGAACCAACGGACAUACAAUCAAUGGAUGCUGCUGCCCAAGGAGACACAAGGGAAACUAAUAAGCCUGCAAAUGAAAAGGAAUGUCCAAGAUUGCAGAAAGUGCAAGUUAAAAGCUUUGAAGAAAUACUGAAGGAAAAACGCCUUCGACAGCUGCAGGAAACCGAGAAACAGCCAAGUCAAACUCUGCUGGGAGAAGAGGUGAUUGCAAACAAAACCAACUGUGAGAUGCAGGUUGCAGAGCAGAAUAAUCAGCCUGCGGCUUCAGCAGAACUGAAACCAAAUAAAUGUCUCAUAACUGAACAACUGACCAUUAAGACAGACGAGAAGCUGACCACUGCCAAGCCUGAAGUGGCAGAACCCCCACUUGCUCAGAAAGAGAAACCCAAAUUAAAUGUGAAACCAUCAUUUGUGAAGAACUCUUGUCCUGUGAGGCUCAGCCACAAACGCAAAUCCCCCGACAGCCAUCCUUCCAGCAUUAUGGCAGUUAAACCACUCAACACUGUAACUACUGAUCUGACAAAGGAGCCACCAGCAGGAACGAUCAUUACAUCUACAGCAUCAUCAGUCCAGAGAGAAGAGCUAACCCCUCUGACUUUGCAGGUACCAGAAAGAUCCAAGGAAAGGAAAGCUAAUCUUGCCGGGCAAAGCACAUCACCGACUACGUUGCAAAUGGAGAUCAAUAGCUUUUCCCCUGCUCGAAUGCCCCCUAAAGCUCGGAGGUUGAGUUCUACUGCAUCCAAGUCUGGGACAACUGAGGAUGAUUUUGAAGAGCUGAUGAAAGAAUUCUCAGAUGAUAAACUUGAAGCAGAAAUUGACCUGGACCCUGGAAAGGAUGAGGAUGACUUGUUGCUUGAACUGUCGGAGAUGAUUGACAGCUGAAGGACUUGUUGAGCAUUUUUUUGGACCUGCUCGUAUGGAUUCAAACGGAAUUUUCUGAGUAAUAAAUGGAGACCAACUUGGACCUACAUUUUGUAUUCAACUGGGGCUGUCUAUAUUUUUAAAUCUGUAAACCGAGUUACGUCUGCAUAUUGUGUACAGACAGAAGCCGGAUCUGUUUUAAACAAAUACUGGGUGUUACGACCAAUUGAAUUAACUGAUUAAUUGUGACCUUAAGACUGCUGGCCACAUUUUUUUUCCCCAAGCCCUCCCAAAAAACAAAUGAAAAAAGUGGUGCGAUAUUAUCCUGCCUUUGGAUUUACACAGUUUGAGAACCCAGUGAUGCAGCCUAUAAUCAGCUGGAGAUGUUUUUCUGUCAGCUUUGAUAUGAGGGCUUUGACCAUAGCUGAUGAUGCAGCAGCGAUAAUUGUGUUUGCUCUUAUUUUGUAAUAUUUUCCUCCUUGGCCUUGGCUCAUCGGUAGGGACACCUGUCUGUCCUAACUUCACCUGCCAACAGUAAUAAGGAUAUUAAGGCUAGUUUUCUGCGUGUUUAUUUUAUACGUAGAGCCAUUCCUAGCCUAAGGCUAAGUGAAAGUGUAUAGAGCAGCCUAGGUAUUUGUAUAUAAAAAAAAACUUUGGAUUGUAUAUAAGGGCUGUGUAAUUGCAAGAGUCCUGAUGGUGUGUGCUUAAAAAAGAUGAUUACAAAUUUAGCAUUUCAUCACAUCAAAUUGUCAGAUAACACAGAAAUCAGGAUUCCUAAGCAUAUCUGAAAGAGGGGUAAACAUUAUUUCUGAGCCCAAGAUACCAUUGUAAACUAUCUGUUUGAUGCAGCCUGUGAAUGCUACUGGAACUGCUUCAAAUUUACCCUAACAGUUUGAGAAACAUACAUGUUUUUGGUUCCCAGAGACUUCUGGCUUUGUGUCUGGACAGUUAGCACCAUGUUAAUUUGAGUCACUGUUACAUACAUGGUGUUUAUCUCAACAUAUGUUUUGUGUUAUUUUUGCCUUCUGCCAACAAUUUAUAAUCCACUGUUAAAUGUUUCCAUUAUUGUCCCAAGUACACCUUGCACCACACCAUGUGCUUGUGAUCAAAUUAUGGGAGGCUCCAGUCUGAACAUACGGGUAUUUGAAUAGAAUAGUUGGGUGUUUGCAGACCGUUCUGAUCUCUCUCCCUGGAAGCGGAUCAGCCUCUUUUAUUUUGUAUAAUCCGUUGUAUUCGCAUCAUGGCUGUGAAAUAACAAGUGGAAAACAGCAUGGAUACUCUGAAAUUACCUUAAAAGUAACAACCAGCUAAAUGAACAGAAGACAGACAGUUAUAUGAUACUGGUGUUUCUUGGAGAUGUAAUCUCCAAAAUGCAACUGGAUGUUUUGGCUUGGGCGGGGGGGGGGGUGGAAAUAAUCUGUCUCUUUAACAAAAGGAUCAAAAACAUUUGCUGCCACAUUGGUUGUUAGGCUGGGCUUUGAAGGGAGACUUGACAGGUUUGUACAUUCUCCUUGGCAUAUAAAGCUGGAAGAUCCAGGGUCUGUAACUUGAACCCAUUUGUCAAGAAUGUUGUAAUGCUACCAAUGAAGAAUCCAACGGUGUCCAAGGAAGUGAAGCUUCUAUAUGUUAACUUUAGGGGUAGCCAGACUGCCUGCUAUUUCCAAAACAAUGUUGAAAGAUGAAUAUCCUAAGGAUAUGCAGCCUUUAUGUGCUGCCGUUAAUCUGUCAAGCCAACUAUUUGCUAUGGUAAUCCAAUUGAUCAGAUUGCAUGGAGUGCCAAAGUCAACCUUUGAUUUUCUGGUCACUGCGUGAUGGGCUGGAAGAACUGAAGAAAAUUGCUCCUGUGGGACUUAUGGAUAUGCAUUUUGAAGAGAUUUGAAAAGAGCAAAGUCAGUUUAUUCAUUGGUGAAGACCUGUUGACAUUGAAGCAUACCCACUGUGUGCAAGUGCUUUGUGGUCAGAGGGGGGUAGACAAAGCGGUUCACUCCAUUUCAGGGAGUUGUUUCCAAGCCUGGUAUAUUUGUAGUGCCUUAAGUUAAACUGUUCACUGUCUGCUUAGCAGAAAUGGUUUAAUUUUUGAUGUUUGACUCUAAUGGAUUAUUCCUUCCCCAGUGACCCACUCCCCACCCCAAUCCAAUCAGCAAAUUACAAGUUUGCAACCAGAACACUGCAGCUCCAGGUCCUUGCACUCCAGAAAUAAUUCUGAAACGCUGUUUAAAAGGCAGCAGGUACUGCACUGUAGAGUCAUUGUUAACAUGGUACUGAACUGGGAAGAAACAGAAGCACAGUAUGAAAGCUCUAGUGCUGCAGUCCUCUUAAAAUCCAAGGGCUGGAUGAUUGUUUUACAUCAAAGCAGACUCUUUAGUUGCUGGUAAUACAAGAAACCAGAGAAAUAAAUUAACUGGUUGUGAUCACGAAGGUCACUUUGUUGGUUCAAUUUUCUUUGUCAGCUUCCUGUACCUUUAAUAUGAUGGACUCCUCCACACCUGUCUGGAUGGCUGAUGAGAACAAAAGUUUUUAAAAUGAUUGAAAAACACCAGCUAUGUAUUUUACUUCACUGAAGCCCGUGUCCAUACACAAAUGCAGCGUCAUAUUCCAGAGUAGCAGUUGUCCUGUAAAAUACUUAAGUUGCUUCUUUAAAGCAGCCUCUCUGUCAGUAUUCUGCAGAUGUAAUGCUAUCAAUCUGUUCUUUAUGAAACAUUGUAAAAUAUUUGUUUUGUUCAAUUAUGGUCUGCAUUUAGGUUGACUAAUAGAAUUUGUGUUUAGGAUUUAAGAGAGAUGGUCCGUGUUUCCAAUAUUUCUGCUCUUGUGCCCUUUGACCUCUAUGUUGUACUUUUUCUUUCAGUUUAUUGUUUCAGACAUGCAUCCAUCCUAUGGGGUGAUUUUAUUUAUGAGUGUAUGUAAACUCUGAAUAUGUAACAUUUUCUUUGUAAUAAAAGGACUAUAUUGUU